UACGUUGGUAUUUAUUCCACAAGGCGAAAAUGACGAGAAGGAUGAUUCGGAAGGAAGAAUAAUAAGCCAGUUGUCAGGUCUUGUCUUAGAUGUAAACAAGCGUUGGAGCAAAAUAAUUAAAUUGUUCAAAUGUUUAAACAAUUUUGACAUCUUUUUUGAUAAUGGGUAGUAGUGAUUCCAAUAGCGAUAGUGACGAGAGACAUCGUCAUAAAAAACUCAAGAAAAAACUUAAAAAGCAUAAAAAGGAUAAGAAACACAAGAAAAAGAAAUCGCAUAAACAGCGCAAACGUCAUAGCAGCACUAAUAGUAGCAAUGAAAGUAACUCGGAACAAGACCAGUGGGUUGAAAAAGUUCUACCCACCCACUCUACAGAACCUAAAAUCGAACGCGAAGAUUGGAUGAAUUCAAUGCUGAUUCCAACAUAUAGUAAAGAAGUAAAACGGGAAGAGAAAAAACCCGCGGAAAAAUAUGACCCUAAAACUAGCGUACGGGAACUAAACCCGCACUGGAAAAAUGGAGGAAGCGGAUUGCCUAGGUUCAGGAAACCGAUGGAAGAUGAUGAUGUCUGUCGCUUGACGUCGGUUGAACAAAAAGAUAUCAGGAAAGAAAAUUAUGGAAGCGGUGGUUGGAGAAAGUUUAAAAAAGAGCCAACACUAAUGCAUACAGAAGAACAAUUUAAAGAGUCUGACAAGCAAACUACAAAAUCUUCGGAAGAUCAUGGAAUUUUUUUGAGUGAUCAACAAUUGAACGCUUUAGGUGCUAAAAUUAUUAAAGCUGAAAUUAUGGGAAAUUCGCAAUUGGCAAACAAACUGAAAAAGGAACUCGAAGAAGCAAAGCUUAAUAGAAAACAAAUUUCAGAAAAUAUAAAAACACCUAGCGCAACUGAUAGACGAGAAAAAACUCCCGAAGAAGAUCUCCGUUUCACGGUCGAUAAAUCCAUCGACGAUCGUUCCUAUCACAGUAGGAAACGUAAGAUAAAUGAACGAAAUCUCCCUCCGGGUGAUCUAACUGACAAAUUUCGCUCAGAGCGUCAAGAAAACGCGAAUAUGGAUGCACAAUUCUUCAAGGUAUCUGCGAAACUGGACCGGGAAGGAAGUAAUUUGGAAAACAUUUUUGAUCAUGGUCAAGCUAGUUCUUCCGCAUCAGGACGGUUAGGCGAAGAGCAGAUAGUACGCGACAUGAAUAAACUUUCAAGAGCCCAAGCAGAUUGUGAACGCUGCAUCAAUUCAUCAAAAUUUCUACACGAAAACGUUAUUUGGAUGGGUAAAAAUGUCUAUCUUGCCGUUCCUCAUUGGAAGGCACUUCAACCAAAGCACUGCUUAGUUGUUCCUGUUUCACAUUAUCCCGCUCUCACUCUUAUGGAUGAAGACGUAUACCAGGAACUUGUGGACAUUUGCAAAACACUGCAACGUAUGUUCACUUCACACAAACAAGAAGUCAUAUUUUUCGAGACGGUUCGUUACAUAAACAGAAAUCCCCAUGCAUACGUGCAAUGUGUUCCUGCUAGCAACUAUGAAAUGGCACCUUUCUACUUUAAAAAGGCUAUUCUCGAAUCAGAAACGGAUUGGGCAAUGAAUAAGAAGCUUCAUAGUAUUCAAGGUCUUGAGAUCCGACGAACUAUUCCCAAAGGGUUGCCUUAUUUUUGGGUUAAUUUUAACUUAGGCAAUGGAUUUGCUCAUGUUAUUGAGGAUCAAGAAAGUUUUCCGAUUACCUUUGCAACAGAAACUAUUGCCGGUAUUUUGGGAUUGGACACUCGUGCUUGGCGUAAACCAGGUCGAGAAAAUCACCCAAAGCAGAAAGUGUCAGAAUUGAAAAGUUGGUGGAAAGAGUUUGAUAAUUUAACAACUGUAUAAAGAAUGGAGUAUUGGGUUUCUAUGUCCUAAAAAACAGCAUUGUAAUAAAAUGGUUGUAUCAAAAUAAAUGUAUCAACAUAUCUGCCAA